AUGGAGGAAAGGAGCUACAUGUUUACAAAAGAGGAAAGAAAUUUUUUGAUCUUGGAUGUUUUGAUCAAAUAUGUUGCCCAGCCAGCGGUGAAGAAACGUUUUGACGCUAUUAUUCCACCAGCUGAUCUUUCUACUGUUCUCAGCAGUAAUGUAAGAGUCAUUCAGAACCUCAUUAGCAAAAAAGUCAUCAAUGUGUAUCAGCAAAAAGUUCUACAGAGGGUGUCCGGCUUCAACAUCCCGACAACAAUGAUGGUGCCGACUCCGAAAACAACAGCAACAUCCUCGGCUGAUUUCGACAUUACCUUGAUGAUAUGCCUUUUACGAAACCUAAAGCUUGUGCAGGAACCUAUUACCGGAUGGGAUAGACUUCCACCUGACAGUGACAACUCUCUAGGAGCGAAUUUGACAAGAAUCAAAGUGUACAGGAACAUACUAUCUCAUCCUUCAAAAAGUCGAGUAAAUGAAACCUCAUUUAACAAGAUAUGGUCAUCCUUAAAACAGGCAUUAAGUGAAAUAAGCGAAGGUAGAACUGACUCCAUUGUGGAUAAAACUAAAUUGUUAGAUAUUGCAUUUGAUGGAUCCAAUAAAGAAGAGCUUCUAUGUAGAAUUCAACAGGAAGUCCUGGAAAUGAAAAGAGAAUUACAAUAUCACCAAAAUACGAUUAAUUUAAUAGAGAAAUGGAGGACUGAUGCAAGGGAUUUUUAUAAUACCAGGGGUACUGAAAAAGUUUUGGAAAAAAUACGAAGCCAUAGUACCACCAUGAUCGUAGGACAUUCUGGCUCCGGAAAGUCUGCGACAAUGAGAUAUGUAUCCCUCUUACUUGAAGAAGAAGGGUUUGAAAUAAUACCAGUCAGCUAUGCCAGCGACAUUCUUUUUCAGAGAUUCAGUACUCGAAAGCAGCUUUUUAUCAUCGAUGAUAUCAUUG